GGCAACCGUUGUAGGUCCCUCUUAGGCCAUGGACUGGCCGUUUGUCAUCAACUUGGGCAAUAGUAUAGUGAGCGUUAGCUUUCUAGCUAUGCCCUACUGCAUGAAACAAUGCGGCGUUCUGUUGGGAUCAUUGCUUCUGGCUUUGAGUGCGAUGUUGAGUCGAAUGGCGUGUGAUUUACUGCUUAGGGCUGCGUUGGUCAACAAGAAGAGGUCAUACGAGCUGCUUGCUUUGGCGACAUUUGGAACUGCUGGAAAACUUUUAGUUGAACUGUGUAUUAGUGCUCUUUUGUUGUUUGGUGGGUGUGUGGCAUACCUGGUCGUUAUUGGAGAUGUUGUUCCCGCUGUGGUAGCCAGUAUAUUUGGAUGGGAACCAACGUGGUCACUACGAGCUGCUGUUCUUGUAAUCUUGGCAUUUACAGUCGCUCUCCCUUUGAGUCUUAUGAAAAACAUCGAGAGCCUUCAUGGCACAAGCACUGCAUCGUUUUUCUUCUACAUUUCGUUUGCCGUUUUGAUGCUCUUUUUUGCAAGCUCUAAUCUUGCUACAGGACAGUGGGCUGGUAAUACAGUGAUGUGGGAUACAUCAGGCAUAUUUCAUAGUAUUCCGAUUUUCUCUUUGUCGUUUAUUUGUCAAACGCAACUAUUUCUUUUAUAUAAUGCUCUACCUGAGCCUUCUAUGAAGAGGAUGCUUGGUGUAGUAGACUAUGCUACGUACGCAGUAACAAUUAUUUAUUUAAUGGUUGGUCUAUUUGGAUAUCUGGCAUUUACAAGCUUAGUUAACGGUGACGUAUUGAAAAACUUUGGAGAUUCACUUAUAGCCAUGCUCUUAAAAUUAGGUUUUUGUGUGUCAGCAUUAGUGAGUUAUCCUGUCUUUGUGUUUCCAUCGCGAUCAAGCAUUCAUUCACUGAUUUUUACUCAGCAAACGACUACAGUGGAUGGAGUUCCAAGCUCUACAAGUUACAUUCCUCACAACAGAUUUGUAUACAUUACUCUGGGCAUUGUAGUCUUCACUUUGGUCGUAGCAAUCUUUAUACCAAAUGUUGAAACGGUGCUUGGUCUGACGGGUGCAUCUGCAGGGACUGCGGUGUGCUAUCUGUUGCCCGGCUUGAUAUUUCUUAAGUCUAAGACAACAGACAGCACGAGAAUGUUUCGUGCUAAGAGUUUGACUGCUGUUGGGGUGAUAUGCCUUGUGGCUAGCACAUACUCUGUUCUCUCAGAAACUGAGCAUCUUCAAUCAGUAGAGGCACACAUGCCUGCUCCUGAUUCUCAAGCUCAUGAAGACUAUAGACUUAAACAGAUUCCACAACCUCGACGUAGAGAAAGGCCCGACCAGACUUUUGUAAUAGAUCAGGAAGAUACUGUAAUACAGUCACUAAUUGACAACAAUAAUGAAGCUGAGAAACAGAACACCAUUGACAAGACAGUUAAUCAGCAACAGAGUGACAUAGCGAAGUCAGACCAACAUCAAAAUCCAGGAGACAAUCCAGACAGUAAAGAGAAUUUUGUAUCGAAAUCAGUCACAAAGAAGGUUGCAAAUGAUGAUGAUUCAAAGGAAAAUGUAGUUCCAGUGAUUGACCAGAAACAAAGUAGUGAGAAACGAUUGGAGCCACCUGCACCUCAAGCACCAGAAGAGAGCAAAGACAAGGUUGUGGAAGUUGUGGAUAAUAAGCAAGAUAAGACACUCAACGUUGUAAAGGUCGAUGGUGGAGACGCAGUUGCCAAACCAGCUGACAAGGAUGCUCAACUGCCUGUUCAGUUGCCUGUGCCUGCAGUUGAAAAUGCACGUGGAAAAACACAAAUGAACAAGACAGUCAUGAAUGAUCGUAUCCAGCCUGUCAACCGAGACUUAAAAACAGCUGACCAAAAACAAGAUGACCAGACUCUCACCCAAAAUGCCAACGCAAACACAAAAAGUGAAGCAGAAAAGCAAAACUUCGAAAUACACGAAGCUGAUUCAAAAUCUGUGGUUGUAGAUAAGGCAGUUACAGUGAAGAUGCACCAUGAUCAAGAGGAAAACGUAGGAACAAAAGUCGUGGAAGACAAAAAGAUGCCAGAAAAUAAGGUGACUGAGCAACUUCCAGACAAACACGGUGAAGCAGUGAAGACACAAUCAUUAGUAAAAGAGCCUGCACGUGUAGCUACAGAGAAAGUAAACUCUAAAGCAAAUGAAAAUGCGAUGCCAAAGGAGGCUGUAGCAGCAAAAGAUCAGACCAGUCAUGAAGAGCAGAUGGAAAAAGAGGCAAUACUAUAGUAUAUGUUUCAUAGUUAGUAUUACUGUGUAUAGCAGCCAAUAAUCUACUGUAAUCACUUAAUAUUAUGUACUUGAUAUCCCACUGUACUGUACCCUCCUUAUACCUUAUAUUAGUUGAAAUUAUUUGUAGAUGGUAAAGAGACUUCAGGGUUGUCUA